CUCGCCCCUGCUGCCGUGCUGCGAGGCGCUUAUUUACUGCCAGCCUCGCCUACAGGUAUGUGUGAGCGUCGAGAGGCGACAGCUGUUGGACGGACGUACGACGGCGUCAUGGCGAUGGCGCAGAAGCGAAUGCCUCGCGCCAGCAACGGCCAAAGGAUGCUGCGUGACCAGUUGUCAAAAGACAUGCCAAGGACCAGAUGGCUCGAAUCUUUUGAACGUUUGACCUUGUCAUACCUUGAAACCCCGCCGUUAGAACUAGCGCCAUUUGUAAACGGGCAAAAAGCAGAAAAGUCAAGAAGCGAAAGGAAGCAGAUAAACUUCAAUAAAUCAUCCUAUACGUUGCAGUGCCAUGAUCGAGCAAGGAAUUGUCAUCGUUUGGUGCCGCACGGUGAAACAGCGCUGGAAAAACUCCUGGGCAUGGAGCAGUUGGCCUCGUUGGGGAGGGAUCCAAAGCGAGCAACAAUCGAAGCCUUUGGCCUAAGAGUCACGAACCGAUGGAGGGGAAGCUUUGGGAUCGAGUGCGGUGUAUGCGCAACUGCCGCGCUGCAUCUCGGGUUUUGGGUCGUUUACAUGCAUCAGCAAAUCCGCGGCCGAAAACAAAAACAGACCUCAACGAAAGACAGUGAGGUUAAUUUCUGGACUCUGGCAACCACUGUGAUCAAGCGAGAAAUGAGACUAGCGCUCGAAUUUCAAGGAUGCCUGCUUGUGACGCAUUGUCCUGAUCGGGUGCCGCUGGAAGCUCUUUUACUCUUGGAGCAUGCCAUAGGCCAGGAGAGCCAUAUGUUUUCCAAAGACAGCGUCUACCGCUUGGUUGCUCUGUAG